AUGUUGUGCGAGGGUAAGGUAGUUCUAAUAACAGGCGCUGCUCAAGGACUGGGGAAAGCUAUCGCCGAGUCACUUCUCGCCCAAGGUGCAAAGGUGUGUGUAUGCGAUGUCAACGUGGACAUUGGGGAAGUGACCGUAGCCGGAUUACAGAAGCAACAUGGCCAAGACAGAGUGUUCUUCAUGAAGUGCGACGUGCUGGUAGAAGCUGAUUUGGAAGGCGUGUUCGUCGCCGUGAGAGAGCGAUAUGGCGGACUGGACAUCGUGGUGAAUAAUGCUGGUAUAGCUGACGAGAAGAACUGGUCAAGGAUGAUAGACAUCAAUCUGAAGUCGGUGAUCAGUGGUACCCUUCUGGCCGUGGACGCCAUGAGUGCAGCAGGGAAAGGCGGACUCGUGGUCAACUUGGCGUCUCUGUCAGGGAUGGUGCCCACCUACCAUCUGCCAGUAUAUGGAGCUUCCAAACAGGCUGUCAUUUCCUUCACUCAGAGUUGCGCUGACAACCCACACUACAAACGUGCCAACCUAAGGUUCGCCUGUGUGUGUCCCGCCUUCGCAGAUACCGCCAUCUUGCCUCAAAAUGACCUUGACCCUCGCUUUCCCUACCCAAGACAGGAAGCGCAGGCCCUUGUUGACAUGUUUGGUGUAAUGAACCCGAGUAAAGUGGGUGAGGCGUUUCUGGAACUACUGCAGGAGGAAUCUCUCGAUGGUGCUCUCGUCACGGUCAGCGAGAAGUUCGGCACCCAAGUCAAGAAAUGGAGGCGUUAAACACACCCUAGCUCUGUAUCUGUUUUAGCCGGGUGUCAGGUCAUGCUCGGAUAUAACACUUCACAGGGGCGGAUACAGGAUUUUCGUUGGGUGUGUGUGUGGGGUGUGGGUGUGGGUGCACCCCAAUC